GGGUGCUUCUCCAAACUACUUUCCGCGUCCACGCAGAUGGUGAUCGCGCCAGGGGCGGCUGAGCCUGCGCCUGUCUUUCUGAACUAACACCCAUGUUGUCGUGUAGUAGAAAGCACGACGACGACGAGCUCAGGACCGGGAACCGACGGUGCCGCUCCCACGUCGAAAACGACGGCAUCUCGGCCAACCGUUGAUGUUGUGCCACGAGGAGCAACAACAAUCACGACUAGACCGUCCUGCCGCGGGAUGAAGAGUCUAUUUGUUGCGCAGAGAGUGUCUUACCGAGGAAGGCAUCGCGCGUCAGUAUAGGGGUAGUGGUGGACGUGCAUCUACAGGAAGAAUACGAAUAGCACCUCCUCCAGUCUCGCAGACAGCCCGGCCGAAACCAUGUCGGGCAACCGCGCGUUCAAUUACAAGCGCAAGGUGCACCAAACCGUGUGUGACCGACUGCUGAAUUUCAUGAACCUGAGCUAUUUGGUCUCCGUGAUCGCGAUCGGGUUUCAAUCGUGGGUGCUGAAUUUCGUCUUUUUCUACUACUUAUGCAGUGCAAAAGUAUCGUACUCGUAUAAAUGCAUUACAACUUUCCUCAGCAUGAGAUAUAAAAUUUGUAAUGCAGAUUUGCCUUGGGAACAAGAUUUGUAAUGCAAGACUUGCAUUUAAACGACCGAGUAUGAUGCUUUUGCACAGGAUACUACUACAUCACGGAGGACGGGGUGAUUGCGCUCUUUCUCGUCGAAGGUUGCCAGCUGCUCUUAUGCAUUGCAAAAGUAUCGUACUAGUAUAGAUUGCAUUACAAAUUUUGGCAAGAAGAGAAGUAGAACUUGUAAUGCUGUUUUACCUUAGGAAGAAGAUUUGUCAUGCAUAUUUGCAAUUAGUACGAGUACGAUACUUUUGCACAGGAUAGCUCUACAUGCUCCACAACUACUCCGCGGAGAAGGCGGCCAAGUAUCCUGAGUAAAAACGUACCCACGCCAGAGUUGUAAUGCAGAUUUGCAAAGACAGGAAGACUUGUAACGCGCAUCCCCAUGAGAACCAUUUCCAGUCGUGUUUUGGAAUUUGUGAUGCUGUGAACUACAGGAUGAGCAGAUGAAUCUGUGAUGCGGCUGCACGUGCUAACCUGCACUACACUGCAUCGCGCAACUUGUCAUGCGUGACUCACAAAGCUCUUAGGUUUGUGUUGCAAAAUCCCCAUCCUGACUCUGGUGUGGGUACGUUUUUACUCAGGAUACCAAGAUGGGCGCGGUCAUCUGGAUCAGCUACUCCUGGCUCAUGGCCGGGAAAUUCGUGGUCUUGUACCUGAAGGUCCUCCCCCACGUGGAUGCGAUCGCUGGCACCACCGCGGACGCCUACGCCUGGUUGCGCACCCCCGCGAGCCUCUCCGUCAGCCUGUACCUCGUGUCCGUGGUGUACAUCGCGUUGAUGUUCCGGGCCCAGAAAGCGUUGUUCGGGCACUUUCACGGGAUGCCCACGCCGGAUAUUAUCAUGCACCAAGAUAUGGUGUGGCACGUGGCGCUGGACAUCGUUGACGUGGUGAACAUGGUGAAGUACAGUCGCUUACGCAUUCUGCAAACGUAUCGUACGUAGUUUAAUUUGCAUCACAAAUUUUCUUGAGAACAAAAAUGCGAAGAAAAUUUGUCAUGCUAUGCUCAGGUAGAACUAGAAAGUCAAAGUUGCGUUGGACGCGGCAUACGUGUUGACCACUGCAAAUACUGUACGACUUUCGUACGAUUCUUUUGCACUUCAUAUCGCUUGCAAGACUUCCUCGACGUGGACAUUGUCCUAGAGAACUGGGAUAUCGCAAGAAGAAACUGUUUCACUGUAAACUUGUGAUGCAUAGAAUAGAACAAAGACGCAUUUGUCUUGCUACACGUGCAAGACUUCGGGUUUUUACCUUUGUUUUCUCUUAGGAACCUCGCAUGACAAGUUUUCUCGGUCAUGCGUAUACGAACUUGUGAUGCAAAACUGGCAAAACCCUUACAGUGAAACACUUUUUUGUCACGAUAUGGGAGGCGUUAAACGUCUUCCGAAGACUCUCCCCGCUGUUCAUUUUUCUCUCUCUCCUCGCCCACGCGCAGUCCUUCCCGGGGGCGGAGUGGAAGUUUCAAUGGAGUGUGCUCCCCGUGGAGACGGUGCAGGCGGUGCACGAAGCAGUGCUCGGGAAGGAGGCGCUGCAGAGAGCCGCGGAAAAGCGCCUCGCCGCAGAGCAGGAGGAAGAAGAAUUGCGGAGAAGUAGUUCCUUUAGGGAGCCGGACCAGCACAUGGAGUUGUUUUCAACAACAUCUCCCGACACGACCACAUUGUUCACAGCAGACGACAACGUAGGUAGUGGCGAGGUGACGCCGGAGCAGCAGGGCGGGACGAGAGGAAUUCGUUCCAGCAACACAGCAGCUGGCGCCGGUACUACUAGUGUUCCUGUAGACCCCCGCCGGACUUCCGCUCGACUCUCGGCGUCGAGCGGCACUGCGGGAACUUCUGCCGUCGACGAUCCGCGAUUCACGGAAAUCUCGCGGGCGACGACGCUGCGGACGAGUAUGGGAAGUAGGUCGAGUAGCCGAACUGUAGGUGGGGCGGAUGAAGAGCACGUCGAGGAGCGGGAUCCUGUGGUUGUUGACCCGCAGGACGUCGUGGUUACUGUGGAACAAGAGCUUCCAGAAGAUGUAGAUGUAAAUCCGGUACUAGCAGAUGAAUCUGACCUCCCGCUCCCCAGGGGAACAGCAACAGCAACAUCUAGCGCAGCAGGAGCUCGCUCCACCACCACAACCUCCACGAGUAGAGGAAACUACAAUGCGGCGCCGCGGACUCCUUCGAAGGUUGAGGGACCAAAGCGGGCGCUGCUGGAUGAGCUGUUUGAGCGACAAGAAAUGGCCGGCCUUGUGCGGGAAGAAGGUAGUGGCAAGCAGUUGACGAGCUAUCGUGGAGGCAGUUCAUCCAGUUCUGCGAUAGUAAACAUGGAUGAGGUGAGGGUGACCACAGAUGACAACGUCGAAAAUGAUAACCAAGCCCCCGCAACUACGACGUCCCGGAGAAAUAAGAAGAAAAAGAAGAGCAAAGUGAAAAAACUAUACGAGCAGAUGGCGGAAAAUUUCCAACAAGAAACCACAAGACGAGCAACGGCCACGGACGCUGACCUCGACCGCCAAAGCGUCAGUGACCGCAGCCACGGCUUCAGCACCUUCAGCAAGGCGGGCGAGGGGCUGAUCGCCUCGACCCGGUCCGCCCACGAGCACCCGCUCGCGACCACUGCGGUCACCGGCAGCAUUGCGCACACCUCUUUCCUGCUGCGAACGCAGCUAGACGUGACGUGUGCGCGGGAGCGGUCCGCGAAAAUUUCGCUUUUUCUCGUCGACCUGCCGUUUGGCUUGCUGCGGAUGUACCUGUUUCUGAUCACACUGCAAUCGCCCACCCCUCUCUGGCCCCCGCUCGCGAUGAAGAACAUUGCGUGUUUUUUUCUCCAGGGCCUGCAGCUCCGCAUGGUGGAGCAACGGAAGGCGGAGCUCUACGCCGUCUUGGCAGAAUUCGACGAGCCCGCGGAAGAGUACAAGAUCCACCGGGCGAAGCUUUGGCUGCAGGAGAGCGCAAAAUUUUUCGAGGACUACACGACGACCGCGUGGACGCUGCGCAACAUGGCGAUCGGCAUGGUGUUCUACCUGCCGACCAAGGUGCUGUUUACCUUGUUCGGGCGCAACACGAUUUUGCAUCGGUCCGCGGUCCGGAUGCUGCAGAAGCUCGGGCUUAUCGACGAGCCGGACCAGGCUGCGACGUCGAGCGUGACGACGUUACAAAAAGACCACCCGGAAAGUAGAGAGCACAGCGGCACGACUCCGAGUCGGGUCGGGAAGAUCACAGGGGAUGGUCGAAGCAGUGCCAGUGGGGGAACGGCACGAGGUGGCGAGGUUCCUGGUGGUGCGGUUGUUCUUGAUGGUACUUAUGCACGACCGUCCGCCGCACGCGCAAUACCACCUCCAAAUGACACUAGUACAAACGACCUUGGCGAGCCUGUAGUACUUCUAGAUGAGGCUAUCGUGAAAUUUUCCCCAGAGGAAUUCCAAGUGGAUUCCGGGAGUACCGCCAGGAUCGACGCGUCUGAUCGACAAAUGCCAGAAAGACAACAGCAGGACGAGCAAACCCCAUCGCAAUCUGAUGCGUCGCUAAGCGCUGGCAGCAGUCCAAGUCCGUCGACCCGCGCGCGACCGCGGGUGAAGUUCAGAAGCCCCUCGGGCGGAUCACUUUCUGAUACCGCCACCUCUCCCAGAAAGCGAAAACACAGAAAACUACGGACGGGAUCAUCUGGAAGAGAGGACAAGGAUAAUGAGUUGUUCCGCGACGACGGCGCGGCCUAUGCGGAGGACCACGACUCAGAGUUUCUCUCCUCCGCAGGCGGCGGUGGCUCACAGACGUCUGAGAUUCUCUCGGACACGUCCCUUACAACGUCGAAGCAAACAUCAGAAGAUUUCACUUCGUACUACCACGAGGACGACGACGCCUCUUCGGUGCUCUCCUCCAGACUGGAAGUCGAACUCACUUCCCGGCGCGACCAGCAGCGAGAACUGUUGCUGUUCAGCGUGCUCGGACAGACGGACGUCACCGUGAAGCUGCGAAGGAAUAGCGGCUUCCCGAACUUUUGCCUGGUCUUCAUGAUUGGGUUCUUUCUCGGGGCGCUGCUCGCGUUCCAAGAAACCAUCGGGACCAUCAUCCGGGGCGAGUCCGUGUCCGAAACUUUCAAGGGCGUAGACGUCACGGUACUGUGGGGCGGUCGUGGGUGACCACGCUCCCCUAGUACUCGAGAAGGUGCAUCCAUACUACGUACUGCCAGCCAAAAUAGAUGCACUUAUUCACACAUGUUGUAAGUACAACAUGUUUGUACUAUCAGUUGUCAUUGGACGUCGAGUGAGAACGAGCGACGAUGAAGAUAAAAUCUAAAGCGCGCACUAUUACUACUUGAGAGUCAUGGCGAUUUUGAAUUUGUAU